AUGGCACCAGCCGGUCCUGCAUUGCACGCACACGCGCCUUUCAAGACACCCCAUGCGUAUGUCGCACCCAUGGAGCGCCUCGAUCUGGCAAUGUCAAAAGACAUUCUCAAGAAGUCAACCAAUCUCAGCUACGCACAUCUGAAUUAUCUUGAAUGCCAUGGCGAGAGUGUCUUCGCUGACAACAAUUCCGUCAACCUGUUCGUCAACGCGCUGCGCAUCCAUUGGAAGGUCAGCGGCAAAACUCUUCAGAACGCAUCGGACCAAGGCAAAGAUCUAUACGAACUCUUCGCACUGGGAGUGGACGGUCAGCACGUUAUCCGCAACCUUUUCACUAGAGAGGCGAUCUUCUUCCUUCUGGGUCGCGACUUCCCUGACGCCAUGAUGAUACUGGCCGCCAUCGUUCACCGCAUCUACAUCUCACAAUGGCGCAGCUGGUCCACCGAGCAUACACAGAAGAACUCGUCCCAGAGCCGCUACGCUCUCAUCAUCUCCCACGCUCAGGCAACGUCCAACCAACUCAGCAACAAUGUGCUCGCGUUCAAAAGCAACGCUACCCCUGAACUGAGAAAGUGGGCUGAGGAGACCGUGGCUCGCCAUCUGAUCGCAAUUGUCACCCCUGGACAUCUGCCACGUCCCUCUGCUCGCAACAACAAGUAUCUUCCGAGCUUUCAUGACCCGAUGCUGGACUCGAAGAGUGUCGAACACACCGCCAUCUCUCCAACUCGCCUUGUCAAGUACAACGCUGCUCACAACAACUACGCCACCGAAUCAGGUCCCUCCAUCGAGAGAUACCAGGUCCCUUUCCGACCCAACCCCUCGACCAAGCGCAAGGCUCCUGGUAUUAGCCCCAAAUAUCACAGCUCACCAUCCAACAAGAAGAUCAAGUUUGGCACCGAGAGAUUCAGAGCGUCCGAUAUUUACAGACCUCUGGGCUAUCAGCGGGCCCCCACCAACGGCCAUGGUAGACCCAGUCACCGCCACGUUGAAGACCUCCUGACUACUCCUACUCCUGUCAAGUACAUCGACCACCACGAACAACAGGCUCUCGACACUCCUAGCCACGAAGCACUUCUCAAAGCCAAACUCCACGUGCUGCAGGGAAAGAUCACACAGCACAAACUUGACGACAUCUGCGUCGACUUUGCAGACUCCAGCUUGGGUUCUAACUUCAGAAGCUCUCACGAACACAACACUCCGGUUGUCAAGGGACCGUCCUAUACCGACUAUCUCCGCAACAAGGUGCAGGAUGCCGAGUCUCGUCUGACUGUCAACAAGCGCAAUACUGCUGGCCAUGUCCGCAACAAGAGUUUCGUCGGUUCUGAGGAAGGUGAAAUCUUUGACUGA